UAGAUGUGUCAGGCCCAGAAAGAAUGGUGCAGGAGGCAAAAGGCUGCUUAUUUGAGGAUGACCUCUGCAGAGCAUCUGAGGUCUGUGUGAACGACGGGGUAUUUGGAAGAUGCCAGAGGAGUCCAGCGAUAGAGAUAUACCAGUAUGACGUUUCCCCUGCUGUCCAGAAGCAUCUGAGAGCCACCUUGCAGAAGCUCUCCCGUGCAGGUUUCACAUGGCAGGAUGACUAUACCCAGCACGUGAUGACCAAGGAACUCGCUAACCUCCCCAAAACAUACCCACGACGUGCUGAAGCUUCCUCAAGAGAGGGGUCCAACCCGGCCAGGGCCUCAAAACAGAGCAUUGAUCAUGAGAGGAGCUAUGGCCUGGAAAAUGAUGUUACUUUGGCCAAGACUCUUCAGCAAUACCUUCCAUACCUGGGGGUCCUGUCCCAGGCCACAGCUUCAAACGUGUACCCCAGGAUGAAGACUGACAAACCACCAAUUAAGAGUGACGAUUCCUUCCCUGAAAGCGUCCUGACCUACGUGACUCAAACAUCCAAAGGAGGUAGCUCUGUUCUGACUUACCCUCCCAUGUCUCGGGCCAGUUACCCUGAAGAUCUGCCCUUGCGGACCUUUGGCCCGCUCCAGCUGGACGAGCUCAGUCCUAAGGUGGACAGCAGCCUGGACAGACAGAACCUGAUAGCGGCUCUCAAUGCCUAUGCUGCUCAGAGGCCAGUGGCGCCAGGCUUGGACAGGGCCUCAGUGCAUCGCAGCAGCAUCCUUGCACCCCCAGUGCCCCAAGCUGGCCCCUAUGAUGAGACUCCCCCUGGCGAGAAUGACCGGAGUAUGCUGUACCUUCUGCAGGAGCAUGUGAGAACACCGAGGCCCGUCUCAGCACCCACGGCCUUACAGCAGUGGCCCUCUGCUCUUGAAGAUCCCAAAGAGCCACUCAGCACAGGAGCCGACAUGCUUAUUCAGAAUCUCCUGAAGGACCUCAGAAAGCAGCAGGUCGAUGUGGACAGUAUGGAUCUCCUGGAGCUUGAUGCCAUCGCCAGUGUAAUUGCUGAUGCCAUGCACGAUGCAGGGGCAGGAGAGGAUCGGGAGAGUGGCAAGAGCAAAGCUGGUGGAAAGCCCAGGGAAGAGGCGGGCAGCUCCGCAGCAGCAUUUUAUGAAGACGACAAGAAGGGUGACAAAGAUAACGGAGUACAAGAAGAUGAUGAUAAAAUUUAUGAAGAGCUUGCCACACCUUUUAAAACGAAUGUCAAGAAAUCCAAGGACCCUGAGUCUUCAGAAGAAGAGAGUGUUGGGGUUGAAAAUGUCAAGAGUGAGACUUACUUCAAAGAGCUAUUUGAUAAGAAGCCUAAUUCUGAGCCCCGUGUGGAUGGCCUUGGGGAUUAUCCAAACUGGAUUCCAGGGGCUUUGAAGCAAGAUGAAAGCCUUCAAGCUGGAUCUGAACAGCACCCAAGCACAGGCCUGCAAUUAGAAGUCAAAUCUUCUGAUGAUGAGGAAUACGGCUACAUUGUGACAGAAACCGACCCUCUGAGCCUCGAAAGGGGAACGAAGUUGAUAGAGGACCUAGCACAUCUCCUGACGGUGCCGAUAAGCACGUUUGCAGAUAUCAGUGUUACUGGACCAGCUGUCACCUUCAGAGUGAACUCCAAUACCCAAAAUGUGACAAGUGCAGAUGUCGCUAAGGCAGCAGUCGACGGCAAAGGCAAACUUGAAGAAACCUCUGGGGUGAGAAUUCUUCAAACUGGAAUCGGGUCGAAAAGCAAGCUCAAGCUUUUGCCUCACCAGGUAGAGCAAGAAGACUCCACCAAGUUCGUGGUCCUCACCCUGAUCUCCAUCGCAUGCAUCGUUGGGGUCCUCUUGGCUUCGGGAGUCAUCUACUGCCUGCGCCACAGCUCUCACUACAAGCUGAAGGAGAAGCUCUCCGGAUUAGGGGGCGAACCGGGCUCAGAUGCCACUGCAGCAUAUCAGGAGCUGUGCCGACAGCACAUGGCCGGGAGGUCCUCGGAGCGCCCAGAGCCCCUGCACACUUCCCGAAUCAAUAGUGUCUCCUCGCAGUUCAGUGAUGGGCCGAUGCCCAGCCCCUCAGCUCGGAGCAGCACCUCGUCCUGGUCAGAGGAGCCGGUCCAGUCCAACAUGGACAUCUCCACCGGUCACAUGAUCCUGUCCUACAUGGAAGACCAUCUGAAGAACAAGAAUCGCCUGGAGAAAGAGUGGGAGGCGCUGUGUGCCUACCAGGCAGAGCCCAACAGCUCCCUGGUGGCGCAGAGGGAGGAGAACCUGCUGAAGAACCGCUGUUUGGCCGUGCUGACGUAUGAUCACUCCAGGAUACUGCUGAAGUCAGAAAAUAGCCACAGCAACUCUGACUACAUCAACGCCAGCCCCAUCUUGGAUCAUGACCCUAGGAAUCCUGCAUAUAUUGCCACCCAGGGACCACUUCCUGCCACCGUGACUGACUUCUGGCAGAUGGUCUGGGAGAGCGGCUGCGUGGUUAUUGUCAUGCUGACGCCCCUCGCGGAGAAUGGAGUCAAGCAGUGCUACCACUACUGGCCAGAUGAAGGCUCCAAUCUUUACCACAUCUAUGAGGUAAAUCUGGUCUCUGAGCAUAUCUGGUGUGAGGAUUUCCUCGUAAGGAGCUUCUAUCUGAAGAAUCUCCAAACCAAUGAGACGCGAACUGUGACCCAGUUCCAUUUCCUUAGUUGGUAUGACCAGGGCGUUCCGUCCUCCACAAGGUCACUGCUGGAUUUCCGAAGAAAAGUUAACAAGUGCUACAGGGGCCGUUCUUGUCCAAUAAUUGUUCACUGCAGUGACGGUGCAGGAAGAAGCGGCACCUACGUGCUGAUUGACAUGGUUCUCAAUAAGAUGGCCAAAGGUGAGAUUCAGAAGCCCGGCUUGCUUUACUACCUUCGGGAAGCAAGGAAGGGACUAUUAAGGACCAAGGAGCAGUUCGAGUUUGCCCUGACAGCCGUGGCAGAGGAGGUGAACGCAAUACUCAAGGCCCUGCCACAAUAAGCGUCCGCGCUCCCUGGAGGGCUGCAGAGCCUCGCUGACCCCUCUGAAUGGUACUGGAAACCAUGAUACGACUUUAAUUGUGUGUCUUCUAUCGUAACUGCAUAGUAAUAAGGUCUUUAAAACUCCUGUAGUCAGUACAGUUUAGCAGUUAAAAUGUGUAUUUUUGUUCAACCAAAUAAUAAUAAAGAUUUGUGGAAACAUCCAAUUAGGGGUGCCGGGGGGUGGGGGUGGGGCGAGAUCAGUUCAUCUAAUUAUUUUCACUUUCUGGGGAAAAAAUACAAAUCUGUUUUCCUUAAAGCACACAUUCACAUUCCUAAUUGCAAACAAUGCCUUAUUAGUGAUGUAGUCAUUAGUACAUUCAAUAUGGUCUCGGAGAAGAUGUUUGUUAUCUGUAACUUCUGAAGGAUGAAUGGGCUGUGGGGGGAGGGGGCGCGAAGCCAACUGGCCAGGCAUUAAACAAAGACCCCCAGGGGUAGAUGUUGGAUUUGGCAUUUGUCUUUAAAAGGAUUUCUCAACUGGAGGGACCACUGACUUAUUCGAGAGUCAAAUCAGCAGAACUCCUAACAUGCUGCAGCGCUGGGACAGAUCCCAAUGAGAAAAGCCCUCCGUUUACGCACCUGUGGGCUAGCUGAUGUGUCUCGUCCCAACCCCCAGCUCUUUCAAGGCCCCAUAGCAAUGUCCACUUUGCACCUGCCCAGGGGGGAGAUUGCAGGGCUUUCCACUGAGGGUCAGUCUGUCCACCCACUCUGAGCGAGGGCUGGCCUAUCAGGCCCAGGGCAGCUGGAUAACACUUUCCCUCUGGGUUGUGAUGUUCUGAAUCAGCCCCAACUUGAGGGCUUGUUUGUUUGUUUAAAGCUUAGAAAUCUGGAAGCACGCAUGACAAAAAGAGGUACACCUGAUGGACGCUUGGCUGUGAAACACCCAGAGUUAGGAAGAACCCUCUAGACACUCGGCGUGCGCCAAGGAUUCCAAAGAGUUUGUAAGCAUCCCCAGGAAUGCCUCUGGGUCCUACUGGUGUGUAGAAAAGACCAGUGGAUAUUUGCACUCAUUUCCUAGAAAGAAAGGAAAAUGCAGGAAGAGCCACCUGCUGAUUAUUUGCUUUAAUCUGUGUGGAAUCCCUCAGGGGUGCCACCAUGAACUCAUAGGGCUGCUAACCAAAACGAGUAGAGCGUCCACUUCACCCAGAGGCUCCUCAGGGGUCUGCUUCCGAUACUCAGAAAGCGGAGACCCCAGGGAGUAGAGGUCUCUGACGUGUGCGGAGUCACCAUGAGUUGGCACUGACUCCAGGACCACUGGGCUCCGUUGAUGGUAGAUCAGAACAGUUGGAAGGGACGUGAGAAAGGCCUCUCCUCCUUCAUCCCAGAGAUGCUGGAUUCUUGGAAUGACCCAAAUGUUUUCUUCACUCCCAUCCACUGGUUGCUUUGAUGUCCAGUAAACGCUAGCCAGGACGGACACAUUUCUAGUGGUUUGGAGGAGCCAAAAUCAAGUUAGCACUUUCCAUAGACCAGCAUCCCCCAGAAAUUGAAAGACUCAUGUCAUUAAGCACAGAAGGGGAGCAUGGGCGUGGUCUCUGGGUGCUGCAAAUGUUAUUUGCAGGUUUGGGUAUGAGAAGAUAUUCCCAGUAGCUCUUCCAUCCUGCUGUAUGCCACAUGAUCCUUUCACUUUAAAUAGUACAUGUCAAUAAGCGGCAUCAUAGGGAAAGUUGUCUACCAAAUGGGGAAAGAGAUGCCAAAAUAUUGUUUAUGUCUUUAAAUGGUUUGUAUAUCUGCAUUAAUAUAUCUAUCAUUAAUUUUCCAAGAUUUUUUCUUGAACUGGAAUUUAAUUCAUAGAAAUAAUUCUAAAAAUAAUUAUCUUAAUAUAGUAAGCAUAUACUUGUAAUUUCUAACUUCUUAAUAGUUCAAAAGAAAUCCUCCAGUGUGGGAUAUACAUAUAUAUUUAAUUGUGUCAUUAAACUUAUGAUUUCACA